AUGACGGCUACGGAUAUAGGUGAGAUCCCCGACAGCGAUGGCGUGUUCCAUGACACCGACUUCAUGGAGAAAAAUAAGCAUAUCUCCGACCAAUGGAUUCGGAUCGCCGAACUGUACCCAGACGGCGUCCACCAGCCUCUCCUUCCACAGGUAUUUUCCCGUGAGCAGUUUGGGCAGGGCAACCACUUUGAGUGUUUUAUGCUUACGGCCCUGUCCACCCUGGUGCGUUUCCCCAGCGUCAUCAGGAACUGCUUCGUCUCCAGCCAAGUUCGACGGGACGGGCGCUACACGUUCCAGUUUUUCCGCGGCAAGGAGUGGGUGAAGGUGGAGAUUGACGACUACAUCCCCCUGGAGGACGGCGGGGAGCUGUACAUCCGUUCGCCCACCGGGCACUGGUGGCCCCUGCUGCUGGAAAAGGCCUAUGCGAAGUUCUACACCGGC